UAAAAAACGAAAACACAAAAACGGAAAAUUGCGGGUCCUGAAGGGGUUAAGGGACUCCUAGUAAGUGUUUGCGCUUUGUUGCUAAGCAACAGGUGAGGAUCGGUUGACAGACAUGGUAAUGGAAUGCAGCAAAGCUCAACCAUCAGGCUGAUUAGCCGCUCGGGCGACAGGGACUCUCAUUUACAUAUGCCAGUGUCAGCUCUGUGUCCACAGCCGUCAUCUCCAACGCCAGAGACAGGCUGUUUUGCAUACUCAUUACUAUUGGUCGUUAUAAGAGGGUGCGUUAGGAUCUCUCUUUCCAAUUGGUCAGCAGUGGCACUGCGGAAGUAUCACGUAAGCUCCUCCCAUUAGUGUUCGGUCACCUGACACACUUUAAACCAACCGUGUUUCGACAAAUAGGCUAGCACGUACACAGCGGCGCCAUUUUGUCGUAGUUUAAUUCACCGCAUUAUGGCGAUUAGCUCCCAGAAAAUGUCUGGUGUAUUGGAGACAUAUUCGGCAAUAGACACUAGUCUGGGGGAGGAAAUGCUGAGUGAUGUCAGAGGGGGGGUCUCGGAAGUGUUGCAGAUACUCAAUUGCAGGGCGCCCUGGCACGUCCAUAGCUGUUCUUAUCAGAUAUAAGCAAAGCAAUGUCUGGUGGAGGGAUGGCUCAGUUCCAAGAAGCCAUCAGACUGGAGCUGGAGGAAGCCAUGAAGGUGGACCUGGAGAAAAUCCUGUCUACGGCACCUGAGUCGGAAUUAGAGCAUACCAAGAAAGACUUGGAAGGCUUCCAGAAGUUGUUUCAUCGGUUCCUGCAAGAGAAAGGCCCUUCUGUUGAUUGGGGAAAGAUCCAGAGACCCCCAGAGGAUUCAAUUCAGCCAUACGAGAAGAUAAAGGCCAGAGGCCUACCAGAUAACAUCUCAUCUGUCCUCAACAAGCUGGUCGUCGUCAAGCUUAAUGGAGGUUUGGGAACCAGCAUGGGCUGUAAGGGCCCGAAAAGUCUGAUAGGAGUUCGGAAUGAGAACACCUUCCUCGAUCUCACUGUGAAACAAAUAGAGCACUUGAACAAAACUUACAACACCAAUGUCCCUCUUGUGUUGAUGAAUUCCUUCAAUACUGAUGAGGACACCAAUAAAAUCGUGCAGAAGUACAGCCACUGUCGGGUGAAGAUCUACACUUUCAAUCAGAGCAGGUACCCAAGAGUAAAUAAGGAAUCCUUAUUACCGAUAGCCAAGGACUUGUCCUAUUCAGUGGAGAAUGCUGAAGCCUGGUACCCUCCUGGUCACGGUGAUAUCUAUGCCAGCUUUUACAAUUCAGGACUGUUGAACACACUCAUAGAUGAAGGAAAAGAAUACAUUUUUGUCUCUAAUAUUGAUAAUCUUGGUGCUACAGUAGACCUCUACAUCCUCAACCACCUUACUAAUCCUCCAAAUGGAAAACGCUGUGAGUUUGUCAUGGAGGUUACAGACAAGACCAGGGCAGAUGUCAAGGGUGGUACGCUCACUCAGUAUGAAGGGAAGCUGCGACUGGUGGAAAUUGCUCAGGUGCCCAAGCCGCACGUGGACGAGUUUAAAUCUGUGUCAAAAUUUAAGAUCUUCAACACAAAUAAUUUAUGGAUAUCCUUGCCUGCAAUCAAGAGACUACAAGAAGCCAACUCCAUUGACAUGGAGAUCAUAGUUAAUCCCAAGACCCUGGAUGGAGGUUUGAAUGUCAUCCAGCUGGAGACCGCUGUGGGAGCUGCUAUUAAGAGUUUUGAGAAUUCGUUGGGCAUCAAUGUUCCUCGAAGCCGUUUCCUGCCUGUGAAAACCACAUCUGAUCUGCUUCUGGUCAUGUCCAACCUGUACAGCCUUAAUGCUGGUUCACUGACCAUGAGCGAGAAGAGGGAAUUCCCCACCGUGCCCCUCGUCAAACUGGGAAGCUCAUUCACCAAGGUACAGGACUACUUGACGAGGUUUGAGAACAUACCAGAUAUGCUGGAGCUGGAUCAUCUCACAGUGUCAGGAGACGUGACCUUUGGGAAGAACGUGGGACUGAAGGGCACAGUAAUAAUCAUUGCAAACCACGGUGACCGGAUUGACAUCCCCCCUGGAGCAGUAUUAGAAAACAAAAUAGUGUCUGGAAACCUUCGGAUCCUGGAUCACUGAGCCCCUGUCUGCACACAAGUCUUUUUACACAUGAUGUACAGAACAUAUUAAUAACUCUGAUGUGAACUCUGCAGUCUCCGCUCUUCUGUCAGUAUUGUAGGUGUCUGUGUUCACUGUAGUCUUUAUUUAAGAAGAAAAGCCCAGCUAAUAUUUGUAAGCAAUAAAUAAAAUAUUUAGUAAUGUAAUAAAAAAGCUAUACCCUGGUAAUGUGCAAUACUGUCCUUAAUUGUUAAAAAUAAAGGGACAAAUCUAACCUUG